AUGUCUGGAUACUACCCCCCGCCAGGCCACAGUAUCCCGCCCCAAUACUACAACAUCGACCACAACUCCAUUCCCAACAAUAAUAACAACGGCAAUAGCAACAACAACGUUCAGCAUGCCCCGCAGACGAUGAUCCCACAUGGCUCCUAUCCCAUGGCCAUGCCAGACAACCCCUUCCAACCAGGAGCUCCCGGUCCCUUUGUGCAAUACGAAAACAUUGGCCAGCCUAGUUACCCUGAUCAAUAUGAUGAUGCAUCUGGCCCCAUCGGCUCCGUCCAUGCUGCCAACAGCCGCGCGCGUCGCCGACCGGCGCCUGGCGAGCAGGUAAAGCACCGCAGAACACGGAGCGGAUGCUUUACCUGCAGGCAGCGUAGAGUCAAGUGUGACGAAAACCACCCCGUGUGCGAGAGGUGUCAUAAGGGAGGUCGCGAAUGCGUAUAUCCCGACUCACAAUCCAGUCAGAAAUCUACCCGCAGCGGCUCCAAGUCGGCAAAGUCCUCAUCUGCCGACAACAUUUCAUCGCCCGAGGACCGUGAAGAAGAUGCCAAGGAACGUCUGCCUUCCAUAAGGGACGAAGAUGAGGAAGAAGACUACGUCGACUAUGACGACGACGACACGUCAAGAAGCCAAGAAAACCGCGACUCGUCUUACACUCCUGGCUCGUGCCUCGAUCAGAGUGUCUCCCCAUCGACCGAGGCCUCAUCCACUGUCCCGCCCACUGUGCGACCAUCACUGUCCCGGAAAGGAAGUGCGCAACCCGCGAAGCCCGUCCAGGGCUCGACCCGAGAUCUCCAGUUCUAUCUCAACUACUUCCGCAACCACAUGAGUGUCCAUCACUACUCCCUCAAGCGCGACACACGUGGCUGGCUCAAAGGCGAUUUUAUGCAUUGGGUUAUGAAAUUUGAGCCUCUCAAAUACGCCGUUGCAGGAUAUGCCGCAUAUUUCCAUACCCUGUCCCAGCCCGACGGUCGCAUAUCCACAUUCCUCCAGUACUACAACGAGUCGGUCUCGCGCCUGCGGAUGGCGAUUGAGAAGAACAAGAAGCAGGGUCUUGCUACUUUCUUGACCAUAUUGCAACUGGCAAGCAUAGAGGAAAUGCUUGGUGACUGGGUCAACCUGAUGGGCCACCAGAAAGCUGCAUUUGACAUGCUCACACGCCUCUUCACACCACAGAGCAUCACAAAGUCGGAUUUCCUGUCCAAGGUACUUCUUUGGUACAUUCGAUUUGAUCUAUUCGUUGGCUUCCAAUCUGGCGGAGAGGCAACAUUGGGCCGGGAAUGGUACGAGGCUGCCCACGAAUCAUACGUCCAAAAGGUCAAGGAGAACCCAGACGACUUGGGCAUGAAGUACGAAGAGCGCUUUGCGUAUUCCCGGCUGGUAGCAAAGGAUUCCAACGAUCUUUUUGCAAGGACCGGUAAAGGACUGCUCAGUCCUCAGGAAUUCAUGACUCAAUUGCCCGCGCUUCAAGAAAGAAUGGAAUCUUUACCGCAAGGCAUUCCGCAGGUUUUACUGGAUCCAAGCCACAAGGUUCACAGCAUCCCUGGAACCCCAGAUCCAGACGACAUCACCAACCCUUACGAACCAGAUGUCAUUUGGGGCGGGCCAUUGUGGACGACAAAUUUCUUAUACAUGGACAUAUGGGGCCUCCAGUUCAUGUACGCCAUAUCGUCGUCGAUGGCGUUGAAGCAACCCAUAGAUCCCGAGUACAAUAAACUGGCGUUUCGAGCAGUACAGAUGUUUGAAGCCAUGUGCGCUUAUCCAGAUGCGCCUCCAGGCGCCCUACUAGAGGCGCAAGUUAGCUUUGCAAUUGCCGUCUUGUUUCUGCCUAAGGACCAAAAGACCAUGCAGUGGAUUCGUCGGACAUUUACCAAGAUUGAAGCAUCAGGAUACAUCUACUCUGACGUUCUCCGUAACCGUAUGCUUGAAUCCAUGGGGGCCCCGCCAUCAGAUUGGUGGCUUCCCGACGACGAAGGGUGCCCCCCUAUCAUUCGCUCAAUCAAGGACUUUAUCAAAGACCGCACACAGGCGCCAAAAGAUCAAGUUUCCGAGGACUUGCGCGAGAUGCGCGGCAUUUUCAAUUCGCUCACCAUAUCCGACUCGCCGACGUCUGACAAUAUGACGGUCACGAGUGCCGACGGCUUGGGCUCUGCAUACGGCUCUCCAGAUUGGCCAUCGGGCUACGGAAGUGAUCGGAAAUCGUCCAUCGCGGAGAGCUACUCACCUGGCGUACCAAGGCAAUACUCUGUACAGUAA